UCAAUCACCUGAACUGGAGAAAAACAUGGCGAUCGAUAAUGGUGUUGGUGUUGCGAUGGUGAAUGUGCUUGUGUGCUUGACAUUGAAUUGAAUACUUAUCAUCGCGUUUCCUGCCCUAUCGACAGUAUUUUCUGGAAGUGCUGCGGAUUUCAAAAGUUUUAAAACCUCGAAAUGGCGAUUUCUCACGCGUAUUGGGUCUGGACUCAGUGUAUUCUGAAACCCACAUCCUAGUGUCCUAGUGUCUACGAUCAUUACGAAAAAGCCGGCAUCGAUAAGACGCAUCGUGGGAGAAAACAUUUCUGUGCAAAGGAUCAUACACUUUCAUAAAAUCCUGAAACUUGACAAGUAGUGCAUGUAAUCAUGGAGAAUAACGUAAAUGUCAAUUUGAUAUCGAGGAGUCUCAGCUUUCAUGGACAGCAACUUCAGAAAGCUUGGGAAAGUGAACUGGGAGAUAAUUUAUCUAAGCUCAAUGUACCGGAGCCUGAUUUUAACGUGUAUCAACAGCGUCAGAAGCAUCUGAGUUUUCAGGAUCGUGGGAAACGAUUGAAGUUGCAUGACUUCAUUGUCAAAAAUGCUCCAAUUUUGUUUGACAAUGAUCUUCAGAAGAAAGAUGAUAAUGUUGAAACUAGAGGCAGACUUGUUGACUCAAGCCAUUUUGCUGUUUUACCUCCUUAUGAGACUUUCCUCAAAAUUGACCCUGCUGUGAAGACCAAACGUUUUCUGGAGACGCUGAAACCUGGAGAUAUUCUCAUAGCAACAGUUACAUCAAAAGCUUCAAGUGGCCUCGUUUUGAAAGUCUUAUGUUCAGAUGGAGAUGUUGUUAGUUGUGUGUCAGACGCAAAUAUUAAAGCUUUCAUUCCCACCUCAAAGCUCAUUGCACCAGCAAUAUCGAAUAGAACCAAUUGCGCUUUCAUGAACAACGACAAUAUUUGCUGUGAAGUAUUAGAUAUCAUUCCAGAUGCAGAGAAAUUAAUUUGUGGCAUGAAAGGCGAGUACUGUACAGUAGAACAAAAAGCUAAGCUGGGACUAAUCAAAUCAGAUGAUUUUCCUGAAGUUUUCAAAAAAUUUCAAGAGCCAUUGACUGAAUCGUACUUCAAUCUUCUGCAUAAAAGUGUUGGGUUUUUUAAUCCUAGUAGUGUGAACAAUCUCUCUAAUGCUGUUGGUCUGGGCUCCAAGCAUUUUUCUCACUUCCCCAACUUGAAAGUGCGGUUUCCAAUUUCUGAAAACGCAACUGAAUUACGCCAGGUUCAAGCUGGCAAGUGGGCAUAUCGAAAUGUCGCGGAUGGAAUCGAGUAUUUCAAGGCUGGGAAGCAUUCGGAAGCGUUUCAGUCAUUAAACAAAGCUCUACAGAUUGAUCCAAGAAACAUCGAAGGCUUGGUUGCUCGAGGGGCUUUGUACGCAAACAGUGGAAGUUUCAAAAAAGCAAUCGAUGAUUUUGAAGCUGCUUUAAAACUAAAUCCUAUUCAUCAAAAUGCAAGAAAAUAUCUUGGAGAGACCUUAGUUGCACAUGGCAGAAGUUUUGAAGAGGAGAACAAAUUUGAAGAGGCUUUGAAAUCGUAUGAACGCUGCUUGGCAAUAAUACCGUUCCACGAAGAAGCUCAAAACUCAAUCGAGUACCUAAAGAAGAAUCAUUUAGGUGGUGCUGCCAAAAAAUUGGAUGAUCUGCCGUUUCCCCAGAUAACACCAUCAAAAGCUCUAGAAGUGAAAGAUACUCUCAAACAAUUGUUAGGUGAACAAGAACUUAAAGAGAAAUCCUCAAAGAAAAAAAAGAAGGACAAAAAGAUUUCUAGCUCUUGGGAAUACCGGAAAUACCGGGAAAACAAAGGGAUUGAAUCCACCGAGGGGAUAAAAAGAAAACCGCACAGAGUCCGAAGACGGUAUAGACGGGGAAGACAAAUAGACGGGGGAAAAAGUGUUUAUCUCGAGACGCGCAAUCAUGGCCUACGAAAAUCACGCCAUUCAUCAUCAAGCAGUUCCAGCAGCUCGUCUGACAGUUCGUCCUCUGAAUCAAGUUCCUCUUCAUCCUCAAGCUCCGAUACUUCUCAUGAAUCAAGGAGCAAGAGAAAGAAAAAGAAAAAUGAAAAGAAAGAACAUUCCCUGUCACCUCUCAGCAAACGGAUGGCCACCAUGGAUGCCACAGUCUCAGGUGCUAUUGUAUCCUCAAUUUUACCUCCCUAUCAGCAAUUGGUGCAAGAAAAAGAUGACAAAGAUAGUGGUUAUGAACAAAGGGUGCAAAAGUUUCUUGAACAAACAAAAGGUGCUAAUGUAUCGUCAGUUUUACCACCCUAUCAGCAAUUGGUGCAAGGAAAAGAUGACAAAGAAAGUGAUUACGAGCAAAGGGUGCGAAAGUUUCUUGAACAAACCAAAGGUGAUGAUGAUUACGAGGAAAAAGUUCGCAAAUUUUUAGAUGAAACCGCAAAAUGGAAAAAGGAACAGAAGCUAAAAGAAGAAAAAGUGAAAAAGAAGAAGAAGAAGGAAAAGAAAUCUCGUGACAAAGGUAAAAAGAAGAAACGUGAGGAGAAAAAAAAGAAGAAAUCAAAAGAUCUUGAUGAAAAGAAACCUAAACAUAAACGUCGAAGUACCAGUAAACACUCGGACUCUGAAGAAGAUAGUAUCCCUAGUCUACUAGCAAACAAACCAGAACUCAGUAAAUUACUAGGCUUAUCAAGAUUACCAGAUUUAGAAGAACUGCAAAAGAAUUUGUCUGCAUAUUUGGAAACCUCAAAAUUGGAGAAAGAAGUUGCAGAAAAAGUAAAAAAGAAAUCCUCAGAAAAACGUUCGUCCAGCAAUAGUAAACCAGUGAAAUCCAAGGCAGCAGUCUCACCCUCUCCAGAACCCAGAAGGGAUUACGAGCGAGAACAGCCAGAAAGUAGUUUUAAUGGAAAAUCUCGUUCAGAAAAGAGAAAAGUUAGCCUGUCACCGAUUCCUACACCGAAAGAACCUUCAAAGGCAUCACCACCAAAGUUUAAAAUGCACAUCAACCCCACUGGUGCUUGGAGUAAAAAGAAAGAGAAGGAGAGAGAAAGCAAAGACUCUUGGACUGACUCGAAGGAAAAGCGAUACAUUAUGAUGAGUGAUCCAGAUUCAGAAACUGGAGAUGCAAAGAAAGCAGAACCUCCCAAGAAAAUGACGUUAAUGGACAAACUCGGAGGAUUCCGAAUGAACUCAACUGGAAGGGAUGCUAAACCGAUUAAACAACCCUCUCCAAAGCCAGAAAGGAAACGCCCAAUGUCUAGAUCCCGAAGCUCCGGUUCCAGCAAAAGGAGUUUCUCGCGCAGUCGGAGCCGUGAGGUACGGGCUCGUCAGCGCCGCAAAUUUUCACGCAGCAGAAGUCGCUCAUCAUCGCGAUCAGGCUCCCGAUCUCGUUCACGCUCUCGCAGUGGCUCAUAUCCAGUUCGUCCUCGUAGGUAUCGCUCUCGCUCCGGCUCACGGUCCUAUUCUAGGUCCGUCUCUGGUUCCAGGUCCAACUCGCGAUCUCGCUCUCCUGACUACAGAUCACGAAUGGGUGGUCGCUAUCCGCGUGGAGGUAGAGGUACGUAUUACAGGCCUCGGCCCUACGUUAAUCGAGGAUACAUUCGUGGUAGAGGAAGAGGUAACUACUUCCAACACAGAGAUUACCAUGAUUACAGAGGUAGAGGUGGCUACAGGCGACCGCGUGGAAGGGGCAGGGCAAGAUUUUCUUCUUACCGGCCCAGAGACUCACGAGAUUCACGCGAUUACCGAGACCAUGACCGAGAUAGCUACCGCAGCAACCGCCGCUCAAGAUCCUACAGUGAUGAUGAGAAAUCCUUCGAUGAGCAAGAAGUCGAUGAUCGUAGUCCGAUGACGAAGGUCGACGAGGCAAAAGAACGCAUCAAUAAAAUGCUCCUUGGUAAGGAUGACGUAGAUGCAAAGAGUGAAGGUGAAGGGAAAGGUAAUAAUUUUGUCGAAAGGAACAAGUUUGACGGAAAAUGGGGCGAUGAGGAUGCUGAUGCUGGUUCUAAUUAAGUAUAUGAGCCAACAUUCCUUCACAUCACUUUAUUUUAAUACAUAAGUCGAAUAUCAUCCGUAGAUUUGAUUUCAAGUAGGUUUUUGAGAUGACAACAUUUCAGUCAACUCAACUCUGCAAAUGUUGGAGCAUGAUUGCUGUACAAUGUAAGAUCUGACCUAUCAGUGAUGUGAUAUUCAAUUAUGAUUAUAACAAUUCUCAUUAGAUUUUUUCAAAUCUAUCAUUGCUGAAAGUUACAUACCUUUCUUUCCUCUUAAUUUUUGCAGUCUUGUAAGUAUAUUGAACAUUAUCCACAUUACACCAAUAUUUGCACUAUUGACCGACAAAACUAAGUGGGCUCCUUUUUAUGCAAGUCCACACCUAAAUUCCUCAAUUUUUUUCUGUAAUUAUUUUCAUCAAUCCCACCAAAACUUCUUUGAAGUUGCCCAAUUUCAACAUUAAUUUCGUGUGUCAUCUUUUUUAUGUGAAAAAGUUCUCUACUCAAUGAGUUUAAUUUCUCUUAUAUUCCUCCUUCUCCAACAGGAGACUUUUUGUAAAAUUUUGUAGUUUUUAAAAAUGUCUAUUCAUAUAAUCCAUCCACUAUAAUUCAAGAGGAAAACAAUAAGAAACUUUUACCAUGAGUCUUGUAAGUCUUCAUUGCCAAUCAUUUACAUACUUUAUGUAGAUUUAUAUACUUAUCAGUCUGUGGAAUGAUUUUUAUAUUAAGUUUGCUCUCACUUGUCCCACUCAUUGUUCAAUUUCGAAUUGAAAUAUAAAUAUUUUGCUUUGUUUACUCUUAAAA